CGUUUCUGGGAGGAGAUUCAAGCAAAUGACGCCAUACGCUGUGGUGUUUUUUUGUUGUCCGUAGGGUAGGGGAAAAUGUCCGCCAUUCGUAGUUUGCGGUGGCGUUGAUGUUUUGUGCGCGUUGCGCGCGAGACCGCCGAGGGAUGUGAUCGAGUGGUGUUCCAUUCGGCGAGGCCCAAACGCGUCGUUGUUCGAUAUGCGGUGCUCUGUGAUGGUGCGCUUCGUCGUAGGCAUCGGGCGCUGGAUGGCAACCUGACUGCGGUUGAAAGGGACGUGUCUGUCACGUGGUUGGCGUUUUUCUUUGUUUGCCCUUUCGAGUAAGUUGGCUACACCUGGAUGUGGGUUGUGCGUGCAUCGUUCGUGCGAGAUGGGACCGAACGGGUGAGUCGGCAAGAGGAGCGGCUGGCGGUGGUGUGAGGCGGUCGCAUGGGCUCACCGCUGCCGCCCGCAUGUUGUCGCCGGUGCCGUUCAGGAUAUGUUGCAUAGCGGCGAUGGCCCCCGCCCUGACGGAAGCGGCUAGCCAAGCGGAGAGCUUCACUCUGCCCCCGUGCGGUCACCACCCCGCCUCGGAGCCGUACAAACUGAACCUCUGGGACACCGUGACGGCGUUCGCCAAUGCUAAGCUGUUCCGCGCCGCUCAUGCCGCCGCCAUGAACAUGGGCAACGGCAGCUCGCCGCCGCCACCACCUCGAGGCAGUCCCGAGCUGCUCGAAUUGGCGCGCACGCGACGCGGGCUGCUGGAGAGGCGCGCUGAACGACUCGAGCGGCGGCUGCGGAGGUUGCAGCUGCGCCAGGCGGUCCAGCACUCGGCGGGCCAGAUGGCCGCUUUCUUCGAGCACCAGCAGACCUCCCUCGGGCUGCCCUGCCUCAUGCCGCAGCGGCUGCUGCACCGCAAGCUGUCGCGCGACAGCGCCGACAUCAAGGCCGAGUUGCUGCUGCAGAGCGAGGACGUCAAGAGUCUCUCGACGGCCGCGCUCGUCAGCUUGGUACGCAAGCUCGAGGAGUCUCACGGCUCGGCCGCCGCCGCUGCCGACCUGCGGCUGAGCGCGCAGGACCGCGCCGAGGGCGAGCGCGUCUCGGCCGCCCUGCGCGCCACGCUCGCCCACCAGGAGGGCGCCGUCGACUCGGACGCCACCGAGAGCAGCUCGGGAGGAGAGAGCGGAGACGAAGGCGGCGAGCCGCUGCGACAGAGUGCGACUUGGCGUUGGUCCGUGGACCGUGCCGCCGUGGCCUCCCGCUGGACGUGGCUGCAGGCGCAGGUGGCCGAUCUCGAGUUUCGCAUCCGACAGCAGACGGAUCUGUGCCGGCAGCUGCGGAGGGCCAAGGGCGACGUGUGCCUCGAAGGUCAAGACCCGCACCACGCCGACGACGAUGACAAGACUGAGGCUAAGCCGAAUGGCCUAGUGCUCUCUGAACUCUUGCCCGGCUGCGCACGGACUCGGGCGCUGGCAGCCGGUUUCCGUAAGCGCAAGGUGGUGGUCGCGGCCUCGGCGCUUGCCUCGGCACGCAAGUCAGCCCGCUUGUCGGCCACAGUGCAGUGUCCGUGUCGCUCGGUGUGCGGACCCACGUCUCCCGGUGCCGCAGCUGCCGACUUGGCCGCACCUUCGGCGGACGGUGGUUCAGCGGUGGAUGGGCCCACCUUGCCGCCACUCUCGCCGUGUUUAAUAUGCAGUGGCCGCUACAACAGCGUGCGACCUCUGGAUGCCGAGCUCAUGACACGCCAGGAGAAGGCAGCACUGCUCGACCCGGGCUUUCAUCCGGUGCUCUCGUUUCCCGCAGACAUACCACUGAAGCUGCACUUUGAAAUGCUGCUACGGACUGGAGAACUUCAAAAGCUUGCCCUGAGAGCAUCUGCAACAUUAAGGAAAAAGUCUCGCUUGGCGCAAGUGACUGGUCUCACCGUGGACCAGGCACGCAAGAAAAGCAGGAAGCUAGCCCACAAUGCUGCCCAAACUCUUCUCUCAUCAGCAAAGAUGAGGCGACAUCAUAGUGACAAGAAGCGACCGUAUCGACGGCACUUGGAUGGCGAGGUGACUGCAGGCGAGUCUGGUUACGAUGGCUCCUUCAGGCGAGCGGACGGCUCUUUCAGUUUUGCAUCCAAGCAGCGAGAACGGCAGCGCACCUUCUCCACUGCAUCAAGCGGCAGUUCCAAGGCUGCUUCUCCUGUGCCUUCACCUGCACCAUCACUUGGAGAUUCAUCCCAGCUUCUCCCAGGUGGAGCACAAAACCGGUCAAUUCUUCAAGAGGUGUUGCGGAAACGCAGAGGCGAAAAUGCCUUUGACAUCAACAACAUUGUGAUUCCCUACAGCAUUGCCUCAGCCACACGAGUGGAACGGUUGCCCUACAAGGAGAUCCUCACACCAAAGUGGCGUGCAUUAACGGAAGAGGAGCUCGGUGAAACUCUCCAAGACUGUGGAGAUGUGCAGGAUGAAGUGGAGGACAUGACUGAUGAGGCGUUUGAGGCUCGGCACCAGGUCUGCGAGGAGGAAGAGAAACAGCGCUUUGCAGGACUCCUGUCCAAAGCAGUUUUAACCCAGGCAAAGCCAUCUGGGGGCUCCCAAGCACCACACCACAGGCCGCUGUACGACUCUAUGGAGUGCUCCAUGUCUCCUCCACCUUCUGGCCUGCCCUGCUGUGUCCCAUGCGAAGUGGACCCCUACGAGCCUCGUACCUUCCCAUUGGCGCAGGAGGAGUACGAACAAAUGGUGGCAGACUCUCCACAUUUGCUACCAUCGCCACCUGGAUCGCCUUCCCACAUAGACACCUCCCCACCCCCUCUGGAGUCAGAUGCACCGGAGUCAUGUCCUCCGGAGCCAGAUGCACCAGAGCCACCUCCUCUGGAGCGACCCCCUCUGGAGCUACCGGAGCCAGCAGAUGAGCCAGAUCCAGGUGGCUUGACCUUUGACCCCAACAGUUAUUUGGUACCUAAAGAAGCAGCACAUCCUGAGCCUCCUGACCCACCAGCUGAGUGCUUGAGUGUUGUGCCCAUGUCGAAUGACGAUCCAGAGUGGACACUUGAGACAAAAGAGAAUUUGAUUCUCAAGUUGACCAAGAGAUAAUAGACCAAAGUGACUUCUCGUGGAAGGGGGCUGUCUGAGCUCCUUCCAUCUUGCUGCAGUGUGAUGGGACAUCAAGGGACAUGCAUGUGUAGGUCUACAAUGCACAAGAUCUGUGUGUUGCAUGUCCUAUGAAGCCGAGUGACGUUUGUGACCCGCCAUGGAAAAAAACAUUUCCGACCUGUUUUACUUUCUUUUUUGUCAUUUUUCGUUGUGACUUGUAUGAUUUCCUGUAGAGCAUGUGUGCAUCUGUAUAUUGCUGUACAUAUAAUAUAUAUAUAUAUAUACACACACACACACGUGCACGCACACUGUCAUGAUGUUGUAUCAUAGACUUGAUUGCCUGAUUAGACGGACAAUUUUGGCUUGCCUUUUGGUCCAAUUUCUAGCCUCAGUUAGGAAAACAAAGGUGAAUGCAUGUGCUUGACAGAAUCUGAUGGGCUGUACAAAGCUGAUUUCAUGCACCAAGCAUUGUUUUAAUAGCGUAUGGCCAUUUGUAAAUCAAUCAAUUAAUAGUUGGAUAGAAGUAAUCAUUUGGGCUAACAUUGUAAGUAACGUUUUAUGAUGUUGGCACAGUGUUACUUUUUUUCCUACUUUGCUUUGUCUUGCUAACUUGUGAAAAAUGUGGCAUUGAAGACAAAUGCCUGUGUUACCAUUACAUUUGUACAUAUGGUUGAUAGCCGCAUAGGUAUUCAGAGGUCGAACGUAAAUGACGCUCGGUGAUUCACUUUAUGCUGAGACUCUUCCCCUCCUCCCAAUCUAGACUGCUCUGCAAUAUAGGUUUUGAAAAGAGCAUGGCAGGGAAGUUCACAUCAUUUGUCGUGGCAUUGUAAUCCUCCUCUGUUUUAUUAUUUUUGAGGUGGGUGCAUUUAGAAUUAUUGCGUACUGUAUCGGCUCUGCUGUAAAUUGUUUAUUUUGGGGGAAGCCUUUGUUGCGAGAAUUGUUUACCGCUAUGCUAGUCAUGUGUGGCGAAAGACGCUAGCUAUCAUUUCCUUGACACCUUGAUACUACACCAUGCUUUGUUUAAUGAUAUAGAUCAUGUACUCGGGUAAAAUUUGGAAAAUACUAAACCAAACUAGGAGUCCCUCUGAAUACCAUUAGCAUCCUCCCAAUUCUAUUUGUUUCAUACAAGCAAUAGAUAUGCAAAGUAUAUGAAGCCACUAUAGGAGUGUCAACAGGGAAGCUUAAAUGCAAGCAUGGUGACUUGCUUUCUCAAGCCUUGCCUAAAACGUUUGAAUCUGGCUUUUGUGCAUUUUUUAUGUGCUCAUCAGGCAAAAGUUGUGUCAAGGUAAAAUGUGUACAUAGAACAUCCACAGUACAUUGCUGUUUCUGCAUCGGUGACACUUUUUUCUCAUUAUGCCUUCACUCCUUUUAUUUCGUGUUCUUCCAUGUUGGAGAGCGUGCAGUUCUUAGCUGAUAUUCAGCAGUUACAUUUGACAAUAGCUUUUUCUAGAUUGGUCAAUAAAGAAAACAUGCUGAGCCACCUUUUA